GCAGUUUGAAUUGCAGACAAAAGCCGAUGAAAGGGGCAUAAAGAGGACUGGCAGAUGUGGACAGAACGUGGGGCCUCCAAACCAGAAGAGGAAGUUGAACAAGGGCGUGAACACAACUCCAUUUUUCUCUCCGCUACGAGGAACCGGUAGAUGCUGCGCUCUAUGAACUGAUGUGAUACCAGAGUCUAAAAUGAACACCAAGGGAGUCAGUGUCAAUGAUUCCUAUUUACUUUGAAUGGAUGACGUCGAGCAUGGCCGAACUGAAUUGUGGAUCUGUCGGCAAUGCUUCAGCAGCGUUGCUCACAGCAGAAGUUAGACGUUUCUCAACUUUUCAAGUGCCAACGGAAGCAUCAGCCAAACAUGACAGCUGCUAUGAUGAUCGUGUCAGCCUCAAAACACGCCCUCCAUCAAGAGUUGAUGCUGAAGCCCUAUCAUGUUACGAAGGGCGUCUCUUUUUCUGCUGCUUGUCUUCAGAACUUAUGCAGCUGAAAACAUGACAGAAACAGAGACUUCACCACCACCACCACCGGAAAGCUCCACAUUUAACACAGAUCCACCCAUGAAAAAGAAUCUUGAUAACCAGACAGGUGUCACAAUGAGCCCAGAGCUUCAGCAGUUUAACCUCUCUAAACCUACCGUGGUCAGAAGCAUCUCUACAGAUGCCCCGAUGACCAUUCCUGUGACCUCCAGCAAGACGUCCACCACUCAGCGGACCACAACCACCAGCAAAAACGUCACAUGGGAUAAGAGAUGGGAUGAGCCGUUUCAUUACGAUUAUUCGUCUCUGCGUCGAGUAGGUCUGGUCAUCGCUGCUAUACUCUUCGUGAUGGGCAUCUUGGUGCUUGGCUGUGGCAAAGUGAAACGAAUGCCACGCUGCCGGAUAGGCAAAGAAAGUUCAUACGAGGUGACCAGAAGUUAACACUCUUCGCCUUGAUCAAUAAACAGAAGAGCAGCAGGAGAACACAGAGGAGCCAGUCAGACCCGUUUCUACAGCGGUUACAGACUUUCAUUUCCCCCCUGUGAGAACACCAUCAUAAGGACAAGAUGGAGAGGUUGUGUGUGUGUGUGUGUUUCUGUUCAUUAUUUCAGCCUGAUUUGCUGGUUUGUCACACUGAGGCGGCGGGGGAAUAAGAUAAACGCCAGCGGUAACACAACGGCUGGGACUCCGGCAGAUCCCAGCGUAAUCACGCGCCUCAGACACAAAAAUCCCUUCAUCCCUCCGCUCUCCUGUUCCAAACCGCUCUGUUUAAGCGUCAAACUUUGUACAACAUAGACCUGUACUUGUGUUUUAUGAUUAUUAUUUCAAUAGUGUGCGUCCUCAGAUGUGUCAGUCAUCUGGAAGCUCUGUGUGGCUCACCGGCGCCCUCAAGAGGCCUUCAGAUUUAUUAGUGUUUCUCCCGCGAGGAGGGAAUAAAAAAAACAGGGUCUGUUCAGUGA